GAAGUUGCGCCGUGGAGCCAAAUUCGAAGCUAGUGAAGACGCGGAGGCACGGCCGCCAAGCUGGACCCGUCGCCGUUUCCUUGGCUACCUCGGCGACUCGAGACCAGUCAUCAUGCCUAUCCGUGCCCUGUGCACCAUCUGCUCCGACUUCUUUGAUCACUCCCGCGACGUGGCCGCCAUCCAUUGCGGCCACACCUUCCACUCGCAGUGCCUAAUUCAGUGGUUUGAGACAGCACCAAGUCGGACCUGCCCACAGUGCCGAAUCCAGGUUGGCAAAAGAACCAUUAUCAAUAAGCUCUACUUUGACCUUGCCCAGGAGGAGGAGAAUGUCUUAGAUGCAGAAUUCUUAAAGAAUGAACUGGAUAAUACCAGAGCCCUGCUUUCCCAGAAAGAGAAGGAAAAACGAGACAGCCAGCUCAUCAUCGACUCUCUGCGGGACACACUGGACGAGCGCAACGCCACUGUGGAGUUCCUGCAGAGGGCCGUGGACAAGGCCGAGAUGCUGUGCUGCGCCCUCAAGAAGCAGAUGAAGUACUUGGAGCAGCAGCAGGAUGAGGCCAAGCAAGCUCGGGAGGAGGCCCGCCGACUCCGGAGCAAGAUGAAGAGCAUGGAGCGAAUUGAGCUCCUACUCCAGAGCCAGCGGCCCGAGGUGGAGGAGAUGAUCCGAGACAUGGGUGUGGGACAGUCCGCGGUGGAGCAGUUGGCUGUGUACUGCGUGUCCCUCAAGAAAGAGUACGAGAAUCUAAAAGAGGCACGGAAGGCCUCAGGGGAGCUAGCUGACAAACUGAAGAAGGACUUGCUUUCUUCCAGAAGCAAGUUGCAGACAGUCUCCUCUGAACUGGACCAGGCCAAGUUGGAGCUGAGGUCGUCUCAGAAGGACUUAGAGAGUGCUGACAAGGAAAUUGCGAGCCUGAAAAAAAAGCUGACGAUACUGCAGGAAACCCUGAAGCUGCCACCAGGAGACAGUGAAACUAUCAACCGCCUCGUUUUAGAGAGCCCAGCUCCUGUGGAGAUGCUGAGCCUGAAGCUUCGCCGGCCAGCCUUUGGCGAUGACAUUGACCUCAAUGCCACCUUUAAUGUGGACACUCCCCCAAGCCAGCCCUCCAGCACCCAGCAUGGCCUUGCCAAGAGGCUGUUCCCUGAGAAGUCACAUUCUCCUGUUCAGGAUGUUCCCAAGAAGAUGCCCAAAGGCCCCAGGCAGGAGUCCCAGCUCUCGCUGGGGGGCCAGUGCUGUCUGGGGGAGCCUGACGAGGAGCUGGCUGGUGCAUUCCCUGUCUUCAUCCGGAAUGCUGUCCUGGGCCACAAACAGACCAAGAGGGUCAGGGCAGAGCCCUGCCGCAGCACAGAUGCAGUAAGGAUAGGCUUCGAUGGACUUGGAGGCCGAACAAAAUUCAUCCAGCCUACCGACACAACUAUGAUCCGCCCACUGCCGGUUAAACCAAAGCCCAAGGCCAGGGCUAGGCAGAAACUGGGGGCCAAGACAGUGCCCACCCCUUCCCAGGCCACGCUGGACAAUUUCCUGUGGUAGUGAGAAGAGUGAGUCUGAUCAGUGGCCAGAUAACAUGCCUCUGACUUAUAGGCUGAGGACUGGUGACUGGCUUGGCAGAGGGUUUGGCAGGCAUGGCCCCUCUUCUAGGACCAGCCCUGUGGACAAGGAUAAAUAAGAAGAUGGGGGUGAAAGUGGGGCCCAGAAACCUGCUUUUCCUACACAUAACCUGCCCCACCCCCAAUCAUACUCGGUCUUCCUGUGGGGGCUGAUGUGAUCAGCUCAGUGUUCCUGCCGGCAGGACUUGCCCCUUGUUCCAGACUUCCAUUUAUAGCCACGAUCAGAUGUGGCUGGGCUACUUCUGAUCCUCCGACCAGGGUCUUUUGUUGACUGUAAGCACCAAAGUCUUGAGGCUUCUCAGGCCUCCUCAGCCUGCCCAGGCUUCUGCCUGCCUCUGACUUGCUGUUGGCAUGGCCUGGGCCAGGUCCGGCUGGGGAUGGGCAAUGGUGGUAGGGAGAGGAGGGGGGAGAUUUCUAUGUGAAAUAAAAAAGAUAUGGUCUUUUC